AUGAAAAAGCAUUACGGCAUGUGCUUUGCGUUUAUCAAAACAGAAGUUUUUGCACUUUUUCCAGUUACUGCAAAAGGUUCUUUGCAAGGCUACUGCCGAAACUACUCUGGAAUACCUUGCAUACUCGAAUAUGGCAACAAGAGUUGGGUGCAGAAUUGCUACUUUACUGAUUACACUUGCCAACUGAUGUGUAUCAUAACGAGUUGUAAGGGUAAGCGAAAUAGGAUGUCUCCCGGGUUUUGCGAGGAAAAAUGUAGUGAGACAUACAACCCAUUAGCAGAUCGCUGUAAUGAGGUCAAACGCAACCGAAGUAGCCUUUAUCAGAUAUGCAACACAACAAAAUGUAAUAUGACCAGCGAAAAACAGAUAUUUGUUACUAGACAAACCUGUUAUUGCAGUAGUACUGACUGUGGACUUAAAUGCAAUGGAAUAAACUGCACACAAAAAUGCCAACAAAGAAAAACGGUGGCUUCGUCGUCAACUUCGUCAUCGCUAUCGUUGCCACCAACAUCAUCAUCGUUGCCGUCAACAUCAUUAGUGUUGCCGCCGUCGCUAAAACUUCAGAAACUGGCAAAUGAAACCCUUAUCAAACUAAACAGGAUAGAUAUCAGCAAUAGCAGCUCUUUGCAGGAAGCUAUAUGGGUUUUUGAACACUUCAUCACUGGUAUCGAAAAUAUUACCAAAUCUGUUGAGAGCCUUUCUGGUACAGAAGAGACUAAGACACUCAGAAGAUCCAUUUUUAGGGUGGCAGUCGCGUUUGAGGAAUUUUCCCUAAAUUAUAGCAGGCUCCACGCGAUUCGAAGAAAGUCCGUGAUGGUUAUCGACGGCCAUAGGAUGAUGUCUCUGGUUGUUGGGAUUGUGUACAAGGAUCUCCAUGAAUUACUAGCUAUAGAUCAACCCAUCGGGAUGAAAACAAGCAGUAGAAGCCACUUUGGCUCCAGGAUAAUGGUCGUGACUAUGGAUCCGAAACCAAACAAACUGCAAGGGAAUGUCAUCUUAAAGUUCGGAAACCUGAAGGUCGAUGGAGAAAAGAAAUGCAUGUUUUGGAGUGGCUUCGGUGAAAGCUCAGACGGAUUUUCAGAGAGAGGAUGCCAAGUGGUUGCAUCGAAAAGCAACUCAGAACAAACGGUUUGCAGCUGCAAUCAUUUCACUCAUUUCGCUUUACUAGUUGACUACAACCGUAUCCCAAGGCUCAACAAAGAGGACGAAACUAAUUUGGAGAUUAUCACCUACGCAGGAUUAAGCCUUUCCAUCAUUGGAGCACUUUUAACAAUUAUACUACAUUCCUUACUAAUGUAA